AUGUUUGAUAUUUCUGGCAAUUCUCUACAACUGGUCCGUAUAUUGCAAAGAAAUGCAAUAAUCUCUAAGCGUUUGUAUAGCGAAGAUUUAAACGUACAUCGUGACAGUAAAGAUAAUCAUGCCCUCACACCAUUUGACUUCUCAGAAGCAAAUUUAAAGAGAUUGUCAGCAAUAAUUCAGAAUUAUCCCGAGGGAGCUCAACGGUCGGCAUUAGGCGCUGCGAUGGACAUAGUACAAAGGCAGAUCGGAUGGAUCCCUAUAUCGGCUAUGCACAAAGUGGCUGAAGUUCUUAGUGUACCCAGGAUGAGAGUAUACGAGUGGGCUACAUUCUAUACUAUGAAUAAGAGGUGGUUAAAA